AUGCGAAGGAAGAUUCCUGUGUGGUUUUUAGUGUUGGUGUCAGUCAUUUUAGUCCGGGCAACUCCCGUUCAAACAGCUGCUCCCCACUAUGGAGUGUUACUGCGAGCGGAUACUACCACGUUGGCGACGACGACCACAACCACGGCGACCACUACAACAGAAACAGACUUCCAAUUGACAUUGCACUUGGACUUGCCCUCCAACACCUGUACCCCCACUGUGGCCCCCGACAAAAAUGGCUGGGUGCCGGCCUCACAAUGCGACGCGUUGUACCUCUAUUACCCAUCUUUCAAGGCCGCGAUUGCCGCCGCCGUCAUUUUUGGGAUACUCACGAUGGUCCAUUUUGUUCAAACUACCAUAUAUCAGGCGGGCUUUACCUGGGUUGUCCUCAUGGGUGUUUCUUGGGAGACUGUGGGGUACGGGGUCCGCGCCUUGAGUGCUCGUAAUCAGCAGAAUGAUACCGACGCGACCGUCACCCAGAUGUUGAUUCUCCUAGCUCCAUUAUGGGUCAAUGCGUUCGACUACAUGGUCUUAGCCCGGAUGAUCCACUUCUUCGUUCCCGAGCGUCGCAUUGGCAUCUUCAAGCCGUCCCUCCUAGCCAAGAUAUUCGUCCUUCUCGACUUCGGCUCCUUCAUUGUACAGAUGAUCGGCGGCUUCAUGGCCACUGGUACUAGUGCGCAGCAAAUGAACGGCAUCCACAUCUACAUGGGCGGCAUCGGUAUCCAGCAGUUCUUCAUUGUGUGCUUCCUAGUGCUAGCUGUGCAGUUCCACCGGUUGAUGCUGCAGCUGGAUCGGGCACGUCAACUGGUUGGCGAAAAGCAGAACUGGCGCCGACUCCUCUAUGCCCUGUAUGGCAGUUUGCUCGCUAUUACGGUGCGCAUCAUCUACCGCCUGAUCGAAUUCUCGGCUGGAUACUCGGCGUCGAAUCCUAUCCCGUAUCAUGAAUGGUACAUGUAUGUGUUUGAUGCUAUUCCUAUGGCUUUGGCCAUUAUUCUUUGGAACGUUGUGCCGCCGGGAUCUGUGUUAAGGGGCACGGAUGCAAAAAUGCCAUCUAGUGGCAUUGGCAAGUUCCUCUGUUGUAAUGGAUGUAGUUGUUGCGGUGGGUGUUGUUGUCGAACUUGCCGGAAGCGAAAUAAGGGGAAGAAAGAUAUGCAGAGACUUCCUGAUGACGACGUGUUCGGCGAUGAUGUGCCACUCCGCGUCUACGAUCCAUCUUCUUACCGCGAUAUAGGAUACACUCCACGGCGGUAA